AGGCCCGGGCUUUGUCAGAAAGAUGGCGGCGGUGGAUAUCCGAGACAAUCUGCUGGGAAUAUCUUGGGUUGACAGUUCUUGGAUCCCCAUUUUGAACAGUGGAAGUGUCCUGGAUUAUUUUUCAGAAAGAAGUAAUCCAUUUUAUGACAGGACAUGUAAUAAUGAAGUGGUCAAAAUGCAGAGGCUAACAUUAGAACACUUAAACCAGAUGGUUGGAGUGGAAUAUAUCCUUCUACAUGCUCAAGAGCCCAUUCUUUUUAUAAUUCGGAAGCAGCAGCGACAAUCCCCUACUCAAGUUAUUCCAAUGGCUGAUUACUACAUCAUUGCUGGAGUGAUCUAUCAGGCACCUGACUUGGGAUCAGUCAUAAACUCUAGAGUGCUUACUGCAGUGCAUGGCAUUCAGUCAGCUUUUGAUGAAGCUAUGUCAUAUUGUCGAUAUCAUCCUUCUAAAGGGUACUGGUGGCACUUUAAAGAUCAUGAAGAGCAAGAUAAAGUUAAACCUAAAGCCAAAAGGAAGGAAGAACCAAGCUCUAUAUUUCAGAGACAACGUGUGGAUGCUUUACUCCUAGAUCUUAGACAAAAAUUUCCACCCAAAUUUGUGCAGCAAAAAUCUGGAGAAAAGCCUGUCCCAGUGGAUCAGACAAAGAAAGAAGCAGAAGCUGUGCCUGAAGCUGUGAAAUCUGAGGAGAAGGAGAUUGCAAAGAAUACUCAACAGACAGUGAGUGCUAAAGGCCCGCCUGAAAAGCGAAUGAGACUUCAGUAAGUUUGGACAAGAGAGAAGCAGCUCAGAAGACUCCUUGUCUUUUAUCAUACUGUACUGUUACUUUAACAGGUUUUUGAACUUUAUUUAAAAUUCUUUGUCACUACUCUCAUUUUUAAAGAAUGUACCUUAGAAUGUUCUUUAAGAAAGGAUUUAUAAGGAUCAUUGUGGCAUCCAUUGGAAUGUUUUUAUGUAUCUUUUGUAAUUUUCCCUGACUGGACUUGAGCGGUCGCCUCACUCACAUCUGCACUUCUGUAUACACUCAAGAAACUAAAUAAAGGUAUUUGUAUAUAU